CGCGUUCAAGUGUUCGAAACGCUGCACACGUGUUUCGUCAGGCGAGACGCGCCGAUCACGUGGUAAGCAGACGCCAUCGCGUUAAGAGCGCGUGUAGGCGGCCCGUGUGCGAGAGUCUUCGCGUUGCUAUAUGUAGGUAUAAUACGCUCUUCGCGAGCUCGACUGCCGCAUGAUGUAAUCCAACGUCGGUAUUUCGGCUGGAAUCGAUAGGAAAGCGCGCGCGACGUCAUAUAGAGCAGCGGCUUUACCCAGUUCCGGAGUGCCGGGUCAGGAAGUCACGACGGCACAUGAGAGCAUGUAUAGAAUAAGCUGAGAGAGUUCGGAAGGAACCAAAAAAAAUAAGCAAAAUGGUUGAAGAAAAUCUUAAAGCACCGACGGAGUUGGACACCUUCCUUCCGACAGACGGAUCCAGCUUGAAAGACGGUGCUCUCACUGCCAAGUACAAAGUACAAGUUGCCUCGCGCGAUGUCGAAACCGCCGCCCAACGAGAUGGAAAGAGCUUCGACCCCUUCACGGAACGAAAAGUUUCCAAUCCAACGACAGAUUGUGAUACGUUAACCCACCUACUGAAAGCCUCCCUAGGAACUGGAAUCUUAGCAAUGCCUGUAGCCUUUCAAAGUGCCGGAUUACUAGUAGGAGUUUUUGCGACGAUACUCGUCGCAUUUGUUUGCACGCACUGCGCGUAUAUUCUUGUUAAAUGUGCCCACGUUCUUUAUUACAAAACGAGAAAAACGCAAAUGGGAUUUGCGGAUGUCGCCGAAACCGCCUUUGCAAGUGGACCUAAAUGGGCCCGGCCGUUUGCUGGACCGUCUAGAUACCUCAUUCAAAUUAGUUUGUUCAUAACGUAUUACGGCACCUGCAGUGUAUAUGCCGUGAUAGUGGCGGCAAAUUUCAACAAAGUUAUCUCAUACUACAUGACGCCGACCGGCGAACCGCUAGUAGAAAUCAAUCCCAGAAUCAUAAUUGCUAUAUUGCUGCUUCCGCUGAUUCUCCUCAGUUGGAUUCCUGAUCUCAAAUACCUAGCACCCGUCUCAAUGGCAGCCAAUGUAUUUAUGGGAACGGGUCUUGGAAUCACGUUCUAUUAUCUCGUCAAAAGUAUCGAAAACUUCGACAAUGUCUCAUAUAUAGCACCCAUUUCAGAAUUUCCAAACUUCUUCAGUAUAACAAUAUUUGCUAUGGAGGCUAUAGGAGUCGUCAUGCCAUUAGAAAACAGCAUGAAAACGCCCCAGCAUUUCGUCGGUAUUUGUGGAGUUCUGAACAAGGGAAUGUCAGGUGUGACGAUGAUAUAUAUUCUGCUCGGAUUCUUAGGAUACGCUGCCUUCCCCGGAAAAGCUGAGGGCAGUAUUACUUUGAAUUUGCCCACUGAAGAAAUUCCCGCACAAAUCGUACAAAUUUUAAUAGGUCUGGCAGUUUACUGCACUUUUGGCUUGCAAUUUUAUGUGUGCCUUGACAUUGCUUGGCAAGGGCUUAAGGACCGUUUCCAAAAGAAGCCAAACCUUGCUAAUUACGUUUUAAGAACCGUUCUUGUUACUGGAUCAGUUUUGAUUGCAAUAGCUGUACCGACAAUCGCUCCCUUCAUUGGACUGAUCGGUGCAUUCUGUUUUUCGAUUUUGGGUCUUCUCAUUCCAGUAUUCGUUGAGACUGUUACAUACUGGGACAUUGGAUUUGGAAGGUUCCAUUGGGUGGCUAUGAAGAAUGUUAUUAUUUGCGUCAUUGGCCUUAUGGCUUUAGUAUUUGGAUCUAGCAAUGCUGUUAAAGAUAUUCUUAAAGAGUACGCCCCAAAAGAUGCAGAAGAUGCAAUAUCAAGAAACGUAACAAAUAUUGCAGUUAAUGCAACAGCAGCUGUAGUAAAUGCAACAGUUGGUGCAUUGAAUACAACUGUAGGCAAUUUUUAAUAGGUGCUAAUUUUUGUCUUUUUAUAUAAAAGUAUAUCAAAAAGCUAUUUUUUGUAAAUACAUUUUAAAAUUAUUAGUUUAAAAAAUAAAGUUUUUUUGAUACAACACA